UUACAAUGAGAGUGGAUGUAUGAAGAGCCUUAGAAAUUUAAAUGUGGGGGUGUUGUUUUGAUAGGGGUGGGGCUGCACACACUGCUUCUAUUUGGUUGUCAUGCUGUUACUUCUGACUCAAUUUUUUUCCUAAAUAUUGUAGCAGAUUUCAGGGAUCCAAAAGAGAAAGUGGGCUUCAUUCCUCCCCCCUGUCUUUUGAAUUAGUCUGAGUAGGUGUCAGCAAGGAGAGAGAAAUCAACAUUUAUUUGCCUUUUCCUUGCAUAAAAUGAACAACAGCAAGAGUGCGGUAUACAUAGUAUAUUCUGCAUAUCAGCAUAUAUAAAUUUGACUCUGCGUUUCCACCUUCAUAAUGGAAAAAAAAUGAGUGGCUCAAAGGAACGUGAUAAUGGGGAGAGGCCCAUCCUACCUUUUUCUAUUGAAGAGAUCUUAAAAAAAAAAUCCAGGGAGGUCUGCUUAUGCACUACGACGAUCUGCAAUAACCACGCUGAGGAUGCUCAAAUCCUCAGAACAGAGCCAAUUUCAGAAACGGCUAAGGAUGAAAAGAAAGGGAAACGAAGGAUCAGGACAACAUUCACAGCAGAGCAGCUUCAAGAGCUAGAGAGGAUCUUCCACAUUACACACUACCCAGAUGUUAACAUCCGCAACCAGCUAGCAGCAAAGAUCAAUCUUCCAGAAGCCAGGAUCCAGAUCUGGUUUCAGAAUCAGCGGGCAAAAUGGAGGAAGCAUGAAAGAUUUGGCAAUUUUUGUGGUCUUCAGCAUCUAACUGAGGUUGAUUUUAUCCCAGCUCCAAAGGCAGAGACAGUAGGUCCCUGCCGGGUGCCAUGCAGCCGUUGUGGCAUAGACCCCCACACAUGGCAGUACUCCUCGGUCCAAGAGCAUUCUUCAUCUUCCUGGUUACCGGACAUGAUUCCCUGCACCCUGCUGCGCACAGAUCCAAUGAUGUUCUCAAAGCCUUAUCUACUCUUUGACUACCUCCCUCAGUACAGCCUCCCACCUCUGUCCUUGAAACCAGCAUGGAGGCAUAUCAGUGGCAAUUUCACAUAGAAGAGGGUGAGGAAGGAAGAGCUAUUGUGUUUUGUAGCAUCAUCAUUGAACUAGCCUGUUGUGGUGGACUUACACCAGGGAAACCUGCUGGAUUCAGAUCCCCAAGUGGCCACAAAAGGGACCAGGUGGUCUUGAAUUGAUUGCUAGGAGAACAUAGGUAGUUGCUUUUUACAGACUCAAAGGUCCACCUAGCUUAGUAUUACACUGACAGGCAGUGGCUCUCCAAGGUUUCAAAUAGGAAGUCCCUCUCAGACC